GGUAGGCCUGUUAGGGCUUCGCUGGCGAGCAGAGUGCAGGCGGAGUCGGGAUGGCGGCAGCAGCGGCGCCAAGGAGAGACGUGCAGGGGCCCAGAGAGGAGAGCCCGCCGGAGAGGAAAGUUUAUAUGGACUACAAUGCAACCACUCCCCUGGAGCCAGAGGUUAUCCAGGCCAUAACAGAGGCCAUGUGGGAAGCCUGGGGGAAUCCCAGCAGUUCUUACCCAGCAGGUAGGAAGGCCAAGGAGAUCAUAAACACGGCUCGGGAAAGCCUUGCGAAGAUGAUAGGUGGAAACCCUCCAGACAUAAUCUUCACUUCCGGCGGCACAGAGUCAAAUAAUUUAGUGAUCCACUCUAUGGUGAGACAUUUCCGUGAAAGCCAGAUGGCCAAAGAGGACGGGGUUGAGCCCCUGGGCAACGGGGCCAAGCCGCACUUCGUCACCUGCACGGUGGAGCACGACUCCAUCCGCCUGCCCCUGGAGCACCUGAAGGAGGACGGCGUGGCCACCGUCACCUUUGUCCCAGUGUCUAAGGUCAGCGGACAGGCAGAAGUGGAUGAUGUCCUCGCGGCUGUCCAGCCCACCACGUGCCUUGUGACCAUCAUGCUGGCCAACAACGAGACUGGUGUUAUCAUGCAUGUCCCCGAAAUCAGCCAGCGCAUCAAAGCCUUGAACUCAAGGCGGGUGGCCUUGGGGCUGCCCCGCAUCCUAGUGCACACGGACGCUGCGCAGGCACUGGGGAAGAGGCGCGUGGACGUGGAAGACCUGGGAGUGGACUUCCUUACGAUUGCGGGGCACAAGUUCUAUGGCCCCAGGAUUGGAGCACUUUACGUACGAGGCCUUGGUGAACUGACCCCUCUACACCCUAUGCUGUUUGGAGGUGGGCAAGAACGGGAUUUCAGGCCAGGGACCGAGAACACCCCAAUGAUUGCCGGCCUCGGGAAGGCCACGGAGCUGGUGAGCAAGAACUGUGAGGCUUACGAGGCCCACAUGAGAGAGGUCAGGGACUACCUGGAGGUGAGGCUGCAGGCUGAAUUUGGUCAGAAGAGAAUCCAUCUGAACAGCCAGUUUCCAGGGACAGAGCGACUUUCCAAUACCUGUAACGUUUCCAUCCGGGGACCCCAGCUUCAAGGCCGCCUGGUGCUCGCCCAGUGCAGGACGCUGCUGGCCAGCGUGGGCGCCGCCUGCCACUCGGACCUUGGGGACCGGCCCUCCCCGGUGCUGCUGAGCUCUGGCGUCCCUUUCGAUGUGGCCAGGAACGCGCUCCGGCUCAGUGUGGGGCGCAGCACCACGAAGGCUGAGGUGGACCUUGUCGUGGAGGACCUGAAGCAGGCUGUGGCCCGGCUGGAGGGCUCCGCCUAGGGCGGGGGGAGCCUGUCCCGCUGUGAGCACCUGACCUCAGUGCUCUGCCUCAUAGGAGCCAGGAGCCCGGGCUGCAGGCACCUCGCUUCCCCUGGGCGGUGGAAACGCACCCAGGUCUCUCCCCCAGGGCGGCACGUGGGCACCUCCCUUCCCCUGGGCAGUGGAAACACACCCUCGUCUCCCUGCAAGGGCUGCCCGUGCGCCAGCGCCCUCGUCUCCCCCAGGGCGGCCGGGAUGAGAGUUUUCCUGACGUCUCCACGUCUUCGCUUUGUCCUGGUAUGUGAGGGCCGGUGACUUGGAAGCACCUGUGCUCUGGGCUUCCUCUUCUUGACGGAGAGUCUGGACGGGCUGCCAGGCACACAAACCCCAGUGGUCCUUACAGGCCCAGGACAGGGGUGCCCCUUGGACAGUCACUCAAAGACCCAGGACACACACACCCACAUAGGACAGUCACUCAUAGACCCAGGACACACACACCCACAUAGGACAGUCACUCAUAGACCCAGGACACACACACCCACAUAGGACAGUCACUCAUAGGCCCAGGACACACACACCCACAUAGGACAGUCACUCAUAGGCCCAGGACACACACACCCACAUAGGACAGUCACUCAUAGACCCAGGACACACACGCCCACAUAGGACAGUCACUCAUAGACCCAGGACACACACGCCCACAUAGGACAGUCACUCACA